AUGGUAUUAGUAAGCAAGGGUGAUUUCAUUUGGAUAGAACCUGGCAAAGCCGAGGGAUCGAUCCCGAUCGGAGCCCGAGUCAUCGACCAGGACCAUGGACGGCUGAAAGUGAUUGAUGAUCUUGGAAAUGAACAAUGGUUGUCGGCGGAUCGAAGGGUGCGCUUGAUGCAUCCGACGUCAGUUCAGGGUGUGGAAGAUAUGUGUCAAUUAGGCGAUUUUCAUGAGAGUGCAAUUUUGAGGAAUUUGUUUAUCAGAUAUAGAGAAAAACUGAUUUAUGCAUACACCGGAUCAAUUCUGAUAGCUGUAAAUCCAUACAUGGAUAUUGCAAUCUAUACAGCAGAUGAGAUCAGAAUGUACAAGAGGAAAAGGAUCGGCGAGCUACCACCACAUAUUUUUGCCAUCGCUGAUAAUGCAUAUACGAAUAUGAGAAGAGAAAAGAAGAAUCAAUCAGUUAUCAUUAGUGGUGAAUCUGGCGCCGGAAAGACCGAAUCCACAAAACUCGUCCUCCAGUUUUUGGCAACAAUUAGUGGACAGCAUAGUUGGAUCGAACAGCAAGUCCUCGAAGCGAAUCCAGUUCUCGAAGCGUUUGGUAAUGCGAAGACAAUCCGCAAUGAUAACUCGUCCCGGUUUGGAAAGUACAUUGAUGUACAUUUCAAUGAGAGUGGUUCUAUAGAAGGAGCCAAAAUCGAGCAGUACCUUCUGGAGAAGUCCAGAAUCGUUACACAGUCUGAAAAUGAGAGAAACUAUCACAUUUUCUACUGUUUACUGGCAGGGCUUUCAAAAGAAGAGAAGAUGGAACUAGAGUUGGGUACCGCUGCAGACUACUAUUAUCUGAUUCAGGGAAAAACUUUAACAGCUGAAGGAAGAGAUGAUGCUGCUGACUUGGCAGAGAUCAGAUCUGCAAUGAGGGUUUUGAUGAUCAAUGAACAAGAAAUCGGGAGUAUCUUCAAGCUUUUAGCUGCACUACUUCACAUUGGAAACAUUAGAUUCCGCCAGAAUACCACAGACAACAUGGAAUCUGUAGAUGUAGCUGAUCCAUCAACUCUAGUCAGAAUCGCUAAACUUCUAAACCUUCACGAGCAGAAUCUUCUCGACGCGAUCACCACAAAAAGUCUAGUCACUCGUGAGGAACGUGUCAUCUCCAGAUUGAAUGGUCAACAAGCGAUUGAUGCGAGAGAUGCCCUUGCAAAAGCAAUUUACGGAAAGCUGUUCAUUCACAUCGUUCGAAGAGUGAACGAUGCUAUUUACAAGCCUUCACAAUCCAUACGCACGUCUAUUGGGAUUCUAGACAUUUUUGGAUUCGAGAAUUUUGAGAGCAAUAGUUUUGAGCAGCUCUGCAUCAAUUUCGCCAAUGAGACCCUGCAACAGUUUUUCGUUCAACAUGUCUUCAAAAUGGAGCAGAAAGAGUAUGACGAGGAAAAUAUAAAUUGGCGUCAUAUUAAAUUCGUGGACAAUCAAGCUACAGUUGAUCUAAUUGCACAACGACCAAUGAACAUCUUGUCGUUAAUUGAUGAGGAGAGUAUUUUCCCAAAAGGAACCGAUAAAACAAUGUUGCUCAAACUUCACUCUACCCAUGGCCGAAAUGAGCUCUAUCUACAACCCAAAUCCGAACUUCAGAGGGCUUUCGGAGUGACUCACUUUGCCGGAAGCGUGUUUUAUAAUACUCGUGGAUUCCUUGAGAAAAAUCGAGACUCGUUUUCUGGAGAUCUAUCAGCGUUGAUUUCAUCUUCGAAGAUGCCGUUCUUGGCAAGAUUGUUUGAUGAUUUGGAGUAUGAUACAAGUUCGAGAAAGAAAGUUACGGUUGGAAAUCAAUUCCGUAGAUCGCUGGAGCAGCUGAUGACUCAACUCACCCAGACCCAUCCAUUCUUCAUUAGAUGUAUCAAACCGAAUGAGUUGAAGAGAGCUCUUGUAAUGGACAGAGAUCUUGUAUUAAGACAAUUAAGAUAUUCCGGAAUGAUGGAGACGAUUAAAAUCAGAAGAAGUGGAUAUCCAAUCCGUCACGACUACUAUCCAUUCGUGUUCCGUUACCGAGUCCUUGUUUCUUCCAUUCGUGGACCCGCGAAUAGAAUUGACCUCCAUGAUGCAGCCAAGAAGAUCUGCCACAAAGUCCUUGGUCCCAAUGCGGAUUAUCAGUUGGGAAAGACCAAAGUGUUCUUGAAAGACAAACAUGAUUUGGUUCUCGAGCAAGAAUAUUAUCGAAUUUUGAAGGAUAAGGCAGUGAUAAUCCAGAAGAAUGUGAGAAGAUGGCUGGUAAGGAAGGACUUCGAGAAGCAGAGACAAGCAGCAGUUACUAUUCAAACUGCCUGGAGAGGAUAUGACCAACGGAAGAGAUAUCGACAGAUUAUUUCUGGAUUCUCACGUCUUCAGGCUGUGCUUCGCUCCAGACAGUUGGUAUCGCACUAUCAGUCGUUGCGAAAGACAAUUAUACAAUUUCAAGCUGUUUGCCGUGGAACGCUUCUCCGUCGUCAGGUUGGUGAGAUGAGAAGACGUGGAGAGAAAGCACCACUCACCGAGGUGUCAUCUACGGCAUCAGUCAUUUCGGACUCUCAUGAGGAGGAAUUGGUCUCCCAUUUGUUCGACUUCUUGCCAUCUGAUGGAAAAGACUCUGGAAACGAGAACGACAGCACGGAUAGUAGCAGAAGAGGAUCUUAUUCCAGGCUCCAUCCAUCCCCUGUCAUGCCACCUACCAACAUUCCACGUGUGGACUCUUUUAUUGAUGAGGACUUGAGCAAAUUCCAAUUUGGAAAGUAUGCAGCGACCUUUUUCCAAGCGCAAGCAACAGCUACGCAUAUCAAGAAACCAAUUAAAACUGCAUUGCUCACUCAUACGGAGCCAAGUGCACAGCUUGCAGCAUUGGCAUCAUGGACAACGAUUCUUCGAUUCAUGGGAGAUCUUUCAGAUGUGAAACCAGGCUCAACAAAUGGGUCAGAGAUUUAUGAUAAGACUCCGGUGAUGAGCCGUCUUUAUGCAACACUUGGCAAGAAGUUCAGCACUCGCGACGUUGAGGAAGCUCUCUUAUCCAGCGAGUACGGAGGAAACAAAACGCUCAAAAAAGGAAUGGGCAAAAAGUUGAUAAGUAUGACUUUGAAGCGGAAAGGAAAGAUUGGCGGCUCCGAUACAUCAUCCAUUUCCUCCGACAGCGCAUAUUCCGGAUUCAAUGCCAUGCUGGAGAACAAACCAAUGACCAGCUUGGAUAAAUUGCAUUAUAUUAUUGGAUUGGGUAUUCUGAGGGAAGACUUGAGAGACGAAAUUUAUUGUCAACUGUGCAAACAGCUUAGCAACAACCCAUCAAAACUCUCCGCUGCUCGUGGAUGGAUCCUCCUAUCUCUCUGUGUUGGAUGUUUCGCUCCCAGCGAGCGAUUCAUCAAAUACCUCUUCUGUUUCAUACGUGAACGAGGACCAGCUGGAACCGGCUACUCAACCUACAUUGAGGACCGGCUAAGAAGAACCCAAGUCAAUGGAACAAGACACCAGCCACCGAGUUAUGUCGAGUUGCAAGCCAACAAGUCUCAAAAGCCUGUGGUUUUGGCGGUGACUUUUAUGGAUGGAAGUGUCAAAACGUUGUGUGCCGAUUCUGCGACAACAGCUUCCGAACUGUGCAAGCAACUGGCAGAAAAAGUUGGUCUCACGAAUUCGUUUGGCUUCAGUUUGUACAUUGCUCUAUUUGAUAAGGUAUCCUCCCUCGGAAGUGGCACUGAUCACGUCAUGGAUGCCAUCUCUCAAUGUGAACAGUAUGCUAAGGAGCAAGGAAGACAAGAAAGGAAUGCUCCAUGGAGAUUGUUCUUCAGAAAGGAAAUUUUCAGUCCAUGGCACGAUCCAAAAGACGACGCAGUGAGCACCAAUUUGAUCUACCAACAAGUGAUCCGUGGAAUCAAGUAUGGAGAGUACAGAUGUGAUAAGGAUGAAGAGCUCGCAGCGAUUUGCGCUCAGCAGUACUAUAUUGAUGAGGGCACCAUGGAUGUGAACAAGUUGGAGAACAACCUUGCAUCGUAUCUUCCAGACUUUGAAAUGGCUGGAAAAGAUAUGGCGCUAGAGAAAUGGACUCAAACUAUUAUGCAUCAAUAUAGAAAGAAGUUCACUGGCCGCCUUCCCUCUCAAAUCGAAGUCAAGGAAGACGUCGUAUCCAUUGCUAAAACCAAGUGGCCUCUGUUGUUCUCUCGAUUCUAUGAAGCUCUGAAGUUCGCUGGACCUCCAUUGCCGAAAAAUGAAGUCAUCAUUGCCGUGAACUGGACUGGUGUCUAUGUCGUUGAUGAUCGGGAGCACGUAAUGCUCGAGUUCAGUUUCCCAGAAAUUUCAACUGCUUAUUAUGGAAAAGGAAAACGAAGUACCACGGACACCUGCACUAUCCGCUCUGUUGUUGGCGACGAGUACACCUUCCAGUCUCCAAAUGCAGAUGAUAUAACAAACCUGAUAGUUCUAUUCUUGGAAGGAUUAAAGAAGAGAAGUAGAUAUUUGGUGGCCAUCAAAGCACAGAAAGGAGAUGAGAAGAAUAACUUCCUCGAUUUUGAGAAAGGGGAUCUUCUAAUUCUCGUGAACGAAUUCACCGGAAACACGCUGCUCACCGAGAGCGUCGUGAAAGGAGAAAACUCGCGAACGUGUCUGUUUGGCUUAAUUCGUGCGGAAAACGUGUACGUGCUGCCAACUCUGGUGAAGCCAUCAAAGAACACAUUGCAAAUAUUCCCAAAGGAUAUGGACAUGAGUCUGGAUUUAUUCAAUAACAACAAACAGGUUACUGUAAUUGACUAUAACGCGGAACCAUACACUCUGGAGAAUUUCGCAGAAGAUAAUUUCAACUCACAGGUGAAACGAGUUGGAUCUCAAAUUUCGUUGAUGACCUUGAGAAAGAAGGAGUCGCAGAUUGAGAGCUGGAGAUUCUCGAGAGAUCAUAUUGAGCAUCCACUUUUGAAGAAACUCAAUGGAAGAGAUGAUGCUUGUCGUGGGGCAGUUGAAAUUUUCGCAGCCAUCAUGAAGUAUAUGGGAGAUGAGCCUUCGAAACGAAGUCGCCUUGGAACUCACCUCACUGACCAUAUCUUCAAACUCCCCAUUUCUAUGGAAGCACUCAGAGAUGAAUUGUAUUGUCAACUUGUGAAACAGCUAACCCUUAAUCCUUCAAUUAUGUCCGAGGAGAAAGGAUGGGAGCUUUUAUGGAUGGCCACUGGACUUUUUGCUCCGAGUGCUGCUCUGGCGAAAGAGAUCAGUCACUUCCUCAAGUCUAGACCCCAUCCAAUCGCAUUGGAUUGUCAGAAUAGGAUGCAAAAACUUGCCAAGGGCGGAAGUAGAAAAUAUCCCCCACAUCUUGUUGAGGUAGAAGCUAUCCAGCACAAAACAACUCAAAUUUUCCACAAGGUAUUCUUCCCAGACAAAACAGACGAGGCAAUCGAGGUGGACUCUGCGACACGAGCCCGCGACUUCUGUCACAAGAUCGGCUAUCGACUCGGUCUCAAAUCGUCAGACGGGUUCAGUCUAUUUGUCAAGAUUAAGGACAAAGUACUGGCUGUGCCUGAAACCGAGUUCUUCUUUGAUUACGUUCGCUCGCUGUCCGACUGGGUUCACACAAACCAUGCGAUGCAGAAGGACUCCACAAUGAUACCUAUCAAUUAUCAGGUGUACUUCAUGAGGAAACUCUGGUUUAACUUUGUCCCCGGAGCCGAUUCACAAGCAGAUAUCAUUUUCCAUUACCACCAAGAAUCUCAGAAGUACCUGCUAGGAUACCACAAGACCACCAAGAAUGAUGUCAUCGAGCUAGCUGCUUUGAUUCUCCGAGCAAUGACCAAAGAAGGCAAAAAUGCUCCACUGGCUCAAAUUCCACAGCUACUGGAUGACAUCGUUCCUAAGGACUCACUAAAAAUGUGCUCGGCUAGUGAGUGGAGGAAAACGAUUUCCAACGCAUACGCCAGAGUGGAGCAUUUGAAACCGGACCAAGCGAAAAUCGAGUUUUUGAAAUACAUUUGUCGCUGGCCAACGUUUGGAUCAGCCUUCUUCCCAGUGUCUCAAUAUUCUGACUUGAGUCUUCCGGACAGACUUUUGCUUGCCAUCAAUCAAACUGGAGUGAACAUUUAUCACCUGGAGUCUAAGAAUCUUUUGGUUCAGUAUCCGUUCAAUGUCAUUUGCAACUGGACAAGUGGAAAUACUUACUUCAACAUGACAGUUGGUAAUAUGUUGAAGGGUAAUGAAGGAAAGAAGCUGCUUCUGGAUACUACUGUGGGCUACAAAAUGGAUGACUUGCUUACUUCGUAUAUAUCACUUUUGAUAUCCAAUCAGACCAAUCAACCUUCUAAGCAUCGAGAAGUUGCAUUAUGA